ACGAUCGCACACGUUCGCGCGCAUCUUUCGAAUCGAAGUCGAAUCGAAAUUUUAAUUUGUAAAAAAAGAAAAAAAAAACGCACCGAUCUCGUUCGUUCGCCGAUCGUCGACCGUACAGAAGGGCGAAGGAUAACGGAGCGAUCUAUUCGCGCAGGAACCAUGCGCGGGAAUCGUGGAACGAUUCUACUUCUGUGCGUCGCGUGCAAUUGUUUGGGUGCAAUCCUAUCUUCGCCAAUGACGAGAAGCACGAGGCUUGGAGAUGUGUGUAACAGGGACGAAGACUGCGAGUCGAGCAUCGCCGGUGGACAAUGUCACCUUGGAUAUUGUCGAUGUUUGCCGUACUUCGCCGCGUACAACGCGACGCACUGUAUCGAGGCUACGCUUCUUGGCCAAGAGUGUUUCGUCGACGAGCAAUGUUCCCUGAAAGUGGCCAACAGUGGAUGUUACGAAGGUUUCUGCGGCUGCAAGGAUGGGUUCCUUCAGUUUCGUCGGCACACGUGCCUGGGUCCGGCAAAAUUGGGCGAGGUUUGUUACGAGCACGCUCACUGUAGACUCUGGCAGAAAAAUUCUCACUGCGACUUUUUGAUUCCCGACUUGUUCGGCCGGUGUCAAUGCACGGCACCAAUGCGUCGCGAGAACGAUGUCUGCCGUCUGGACGAUCUCGUCAGACCUCCACCUCUCGUUGAUCACGAUUUAGACUAUUCGAGCUCGACGGAAAUGGCACUGGAAAUCGACGAGAUCGAUGAUGAUCGUACUUCGAUACCCGAGAAUCAGCAAGAGGAAACAGGCGUUCAAAUUUCUUGGUUAAAAAACGACACGAUGCCCACGACGACACGCGCACCACCUAUCCUGAUUCCAGUGAACCUGGUCACCGGGCCGAUCAUCGAGGACGCGACAGCCAAGCCGCCAUUGCCGAUCGACGAAGCGGACGAUGACGACUCCAUUAUCGUCGAUGCAAUUACGGAGUUCCCGACAAUGUUAAGCACGAUCUCUGUUUCGACGUUAGGACCUUUAAAGACGGAUCGACACGAGUCGAGCACAGCAGCGGCCAUCAGUUUGGGAAUUGAAUGCGUUUCCGAUCUCGAGUGCCGAUUGGCGGAUCCGUAUUCCAGGUGUAUAGGUGGCGUUUGCGACUGCGGAUUCCGCGGGAACUCGAGCUGCGGCGCGAAGAGAAGAGGGUGCGCUGCUGGCACCUUCCAAUGCAGAAGUUCCGGCGUUUGCAUCAGCUGGUUCUUCGUCUGCGACGGGAGAUCAGAUUGCGCUGAUGGAUCGGACGAACGGUGCACCGAGCGCGAUCUGGAAUGCCCCGAGGAGGCGUUUCGCUGCGAGAAAAGCAAAAUCUGCGUUUCGAGAGCGGCGCUGUGCGACGGGAGUCGCGACUGCCCGUACGGCGAGGACGAAAUCGGCUGCAACAACAGGCGAAGGUGUCCGGAGGGUGCGUUUAGAUGCAACAACGGCCAGUGUCUGCCAGCGUACGAAUUUUGCAAUGCCGUGGUGUCCUGUCGAGACGGUAGCGACGAACCAAGAGGCGCUUGUCGGACUCGAAAUCGCGGAAGGAUUUCCGCCAGACAGUGCCCGUUUAGAUGCGACAACGGAAGGUGUCGUUCGGACGCCAUUGCUUGCAGUGGCCGCGAUGGCUGUGGAGACGGCUCCGACGAGAAGAACUGCUCAGUUUGCAGAUGCACUGCGUUUCCUUAACCCACUCGAAACAUGAUUAUCGGAGCAAACGAAUCGCCGCCGACGCGUUCAUCGCGACCGUCCACGGAAUCUGCGGAAACGGGACGGGAGGAUAGGGAACGUCGAUGCCCGCGCCAUUUGUGAACGGUGCACCAACCAAAGACGCUUCGAGGACAAGGGUCAACGUCGAAGACCAGUUUCCUCGGAAGCAAGCAACGAUCAUGCUCGCUGCCGCGGUGUUUUCUUCUUUGUUGCAACCUUUCGAUGCACU